CCUGCUUAGCCUCCCCCCAAAUCUUUACUCUCCUCGGCGGCGGGUUAGUGUAUUUAUUCUCUCCCUCUACUAGGCAAGAGCCAUGAAGGGAGGCUGCAUUACCCCGGGGACGAUCGCUGGGCUCUUUUGCCCGGGUCUCCUUCUUUUGGCAUCCGCUGAAAUAGCCGUCUACACGAAUCAUUUUUUGGUGGAGUUGCACCGAGGGGGCGAGCCAGAAGCGAAGCAACUCGCUGCCGAAUAUGGCUUUAGUGGGGUCCGAAAGCUUCCCUUUAUAGAUGCUGGGUACCAUUUUUAUCAUAAUGGCAUCUCCAGGGCCAGGAGAAGACGCAGUCUUCAGCACAAGCUUCAUUUGGAAAAAGACCCGAGGAUAAAGAAGGCUGUGCAGCAGGAAGGCUUUGGCAGAAAAAAGCGAGGCUAUAGAGAGAUCAAUGAAAUUGACAUAAACAUGAAUGAUCCUUUAUUUACAAAGCAGUGGUACCUGAUCAACACUGGUCAAGCAGAUGGGACCCCUGGACUUGAUCUAAAUGUGGCUGAAGCCUGGGAGCUGGGAUAUACAGGGAAAGGUGUUACCAUAGGAAUUAUGGAUGAUGGAAUUGAUUAUCUUCAUCCUGAUCUUGCCUCAAAUUAUAAUGCCAAAGCCAGCUAUGACUUCAGCAGUAACGACCCCUACCCGUAUCCCCGCUACACAGAUGACUGGUUUAACAGUCAUGGAACCAGGUGUGCAGGGGAAGUGUCGGCUGCAGCAAACAACAACAUCUGUGGAGUUGGCGUGGCAUACAACUCAAAGGUGGCAGGUAUCCGAAUGCUGGACCAGCCUUUUAUGACAGACAUUAUUGAGGCUUCCUCUAUCAGUCACAUGCCUCAAGUCAUAGAUAUAUAUAGUGCCAGCUGGGGGCCAACUGAUAACGGAAAGACUGUGGAUGGACCUAGAGAACUAACUUUGCAAGCCAUGGCAGAUGGUGUGAACAAGGGCCGUGGCGGCAAGGGCAGCAUCUACGUCUGGGCCUCUGGAGAUGGAGGCAGCUAUGAUGAUUGUAACUGUGACGGCUACGCAUCAAGCAUGUGGACUAUCUCCAUCAAUUCUGCUAUUAAUGAUGGCCGGACAGCUCUGUACGAUGAAAGCUGCUCUUCGACCUUGGCCUCCACGUUCAGCAAUGGGAGGAAGAGAAAUCCCGAAGCUGGUGUGGCUACUACGGAUUUAUAUGGCAACUGUACCCUACGUCAUUCUGGAACAUCUGCAGCUGCACCUGAGGCAGCUGGCGUGUUUGCAUUGGCACUGGAGGCUAACCUGGAUUUGACGUGGAGAGACAUGCAGCAUCUGACAGUGCUCACCUCCAAAAGGAACCAACUUCAUGACGAAGUCCAUCAAUGGCGUAGAAAUGGUGUUGGUCUGGAAUUUAACCAUUUGUUUGGCUAUGGAGUCCUUGAUGCUGGGGCAAUGGUUAAAAUGGCAAAAGACUGGAAGACUGUUCCAGAGAGAUUCCACUGCGUUGGAGGAUCAAUACAAGAACCUGAAAAAAUACCAUCAAGUGGCAAGUUGGUUCUAACACUUACAACUGAUGCUUGUGAGGGGAAAGAAAACUUUGUCCGCUACCUAGAACAUGUGCAAGCAGUUAUAACCGUGAACUCUACUAGGCGAGGGGACCUCAACAUCAACAUGACAUCACCUAUGGGGACUAAAUCCAUUUUACUGAGCCGACGUCCAAGAGAUGAUGACUCCAAGGUGGGUUUUGACAAAUGGCCUUUCAUGACAACACACACUUGGGGAGAAGACCCCAGAGGCACUUGGGUUCUGGAAGUUGGAUUUGUUGAUAGCAUGCCACAGAGGGGAGUACUGAAGGAAUGGACAUUGAUGCUACAUGGGACACAAAGCGCACCAUAUAUAGACCAAAUAGUAAGAGAUUACCAAUCCAAACUGGCUAUGUCCAAGAAGGAAGAGCUGGAAGAAGAAUUAGACGAAGCGGUAGAGAGAAGUCUGAAGAGUAUACUGAGCAAGAACUAGCACAGUUCUGCAUGUUGGUCUCUUACCUUUCUAGCUCAUUCUACUCACCUUUCUACUAUCCAGACUUCUGUGUUAGACAUAUUACAAUGUCUCCAUAGCCAAAUUAUCAUACUUUAUAGAUUUUAAAGUCUUAUAUCCUGUCAAUGAUUAUUUUAAUUACAACCGAAGCAAUCUUUUUUUACUCUAAGCCACAGAUAUGUUGUUCCCUAUCAACUAUUCUGUACAGUUUGUGACUGUAAAUGAUUUUGUGUCAUACAAAUAGGUAAUAACUUGCAAACAAAACCGUGAUGGCUUUUCCCUUCAUAUUUUUGUGGUAAAUGUUGUUUGUAUUUAAAAAUUUAAAAAAGAGAGAGUAAAUUUUAAAACUGGCAGUUAGUGGUAAUGAACCCAUUUGGUCAGCUUUCAUGAUAGAGAUGUUAACAGUAACAAGUUGGCUGGAGAGGCCUUUGAAUGACCAACAGCCUGAUUCUGCGCCAUUGACUUCAAUGGGAGUUUUCCCAUUGACUUCAGUAAGAAUAGGAAUAGGCCCUAAAAGGAAAAAAUAAUCCAGAGAUUAAGAAAGAUGGUAACCUUCUCUCAGAAACCAAUGCCUUUUGCCGUUUCCUUUUUACUUACACACACACACACAC